UGCAGUGAUGCAAGAUGUCUGCGCCCAUGGCGAUAGGAUGCCGAAAAUAUCGCAGACUCUUUUCGAAGCAGAAUUUGUACAAAUACCGUCAUCUUCUGAGAUACUUAUCAAAAUCAAGUAAGAAGUUUGAGUAUGACCUUGUAGUGAUCGGGGGCGGUUCCGGAGGACUGGCAUGUUCAAAAGAAGCUGCACAAUUAGGAAAAAGAGUUGCUGUCCUUGAUUAUGUAAAUCCAUCAUCACAGGAUAAAAAUCCACAUUGUUCUGGUACCAAAUGGGGCCUCGGUGGCACCUGUGUCAAUGUUGGAUGUAUUCCUAAAAAGCUGAUGCACCAGGCGGCACUUCUUGGGCACGCUAUAGAAGACAGCAGGUUGUACGGCUGGGACGUCCCACACUCUGUCACCAACGACUGGGAAAAGAUGUGUGGAGCGGUACAGAGUUAUGUGAAGUCAUUGAACUGGGGUCACAGGGUGCAGUUACAAGACAAGAAUGUUGAAUACUUGAACUCCCUUGGCUCCUUUUCUGACCAACACACCAUACGAGCUGUAGAUUCCAAAGGUCAAGAGAGAUUCCUUACUACAGAGCAUGCUGUCAUAGCUGUAGGUGGGAGACCUACCUUACCUACACAGAUCCCGGGUAUGGUGGACCGUGCCAUUACAAGUGAUGAUAUAUUUUGGAUGAAAAAGCCUCCAGGAAAAACGUUAGUAGUGGGUGGAAGUUACAUUGCACUGGAGUCGGCGGGGUUCCUCACAGGUCUGGGAUUUGAUACCACUGUCAUGGUUAGAUCUAUAUGUCUCCGGGCAUUUGAUCAGCAAAUGGCAAGUUUUGUAACAGAUUAUAUGGAAAACAAUGGAACAAGGUUUCUAAGGCAAUGUUUACCUUUGGGAGUUGUAAAGAAUGGAGAAGGAAAAUUGGAAGUAAGCUAUCAGGAUGGAAAUGGUAACAAAGAUUUGGAGACAUUUGAUACCGUCCUUAUGGCUAUAGGACGAUACUCUGUAACAGACAAGCUUAACCUACCGGAUAUUGGUGUUAGCAUGGAUGAUAUCGGAAAGGUCAUUGGAGGUCAUGGUGGCGACUUAGAGCGAAGCUCUGUACCUCACAUCUACGCCAUCGGAGACGUUUUACAUGAGAGACCUGAACUAACCCCAGUAGCUAUCAAGGCGGGCAGGCUUUUAGCACGCCGCCUAUUCGGUGGAUCCCAGAUACAGAUGAAUUAUGAUCAGGUGGCUACUACAGUGUUCACUCCAUUAGAGUACGGUGUUGUGGGUAUGUCUGAAGAGGAUGCUGUAACUACACAGGGGGAGGGUAGCAUAGAGGUGUACCAUGCGUUCUACGCUCCCUUAGAAUACGCCAUACCAGGACGAGACGUAUCCCAGUGUUACAUUAAGGUAAUAUGUGAGAAUGGCGAUGAUGGGAGAGUAUUGGGCAUUCAUCUAACAGGACCCAACGCAGGGGAGAUCGUCCAAGGCUUUUCCGUUGCGAUGGGAUGUGGCCUGACCUGGCGACAGUUGUCCAGCUCAGUAGGUAUACAUCCCACAACCGCCGAGGAGUUGGUCAAGCUUCACAUCACAAAGAGUUCAGGUCUAGAUCCCAAGGUUACAGGAUGCUGAGGUUAGACAUCCCUAUGUAUGUCCCCUAGGUUUUAUGUAUCAGCACAUAUUGACGUACGUGUGUGUGUGUGUGUGCUUGUGUGUGUGUGUGAAUGGGUAGUUGGUGUGUAAUAUGUAAGUAAUGAUUCUUUGAUGUUUUUUUAAUUAAAAGAAUCAUCUUUCAUUUAUAUUUAUUCAGGUAUACAUGCAUUGCAACCAUAUAUUGUUUUAUAUAUAGAUCAUUGUUUUAUUUUACUAGGGCAUUAAUUUGUUAGUUAUUUUUCACUUGAACCUGCUCAAAGUAUAGUAUUGUUGUUGAAUUCGACGUACGAUGUUAUUACUUUCUCUGUCAUACCGACUGACAUUGUUAUCAAAUCGUUGUCAAACACGUUUAUCACAUACCUUAUUCUUGAAGCUGAUUUUGUAGAUAUAUAUUUGACCGAGAAAUUAUAACAGGAAUCUAUUGUGCUGUCAACGGACAUUAUGAUACACCUGAUCCCAUGUGUAUCGUUCAAACAACAGGGUAUUUCGCCAGCACCAGAACUGUUGGAUCGGGUUACAUGUGUGUUUGAAUGCAGGUUUAUAACGUGAUGUCUGAUACUAAUUGUAAAAUUAAUACUGUACCAUGAUAUGACAUACUUGGAUUUGUGAAAUGAUUUUCAUUUUUGUCUGACAAACGUAAAAUGGCAAUAUCGAUGUAUUUAUUACUGUGUUAAUACUUUUGUAACAUAUUUCAGUUAUUUGUGGAAUUUAAAUGGAAUUAUUCCAAAACAAAACUGCAACGUUGGGUCGAUUUUGAUAUAUAUUUCGGCAGAAAAAAAGGGCUAAUACUAUAUGUAAUUCGCGGAUGGAAACGAUAUCAUCAGUAUCUAAAUGUGCGUCAGCCGGCUACUUAUAGUCUCAUUGCGUGCCAACAUUAAUUAAAAACCGAGAUAAGAUCUAAGCAAAAUGUCUUAUAUAUCUCUUUUCUUGCUCAUUUUGAUCUUUGAGAAGGCUUCCUCGUUCUUACUCGCAUAGUGUUGUGAAGAUUGUCACGUUUUUUAAGUGUAUGGAAUAUAAUCCUGAUAGAGCUGUGUGACUGAUAUUUAAUGUUUGGGUGAUAGUUUAUCAUAUCGUGUGCCUUUUAUUUAUGUUAUACAUUUUGGAUUGUGAGGUCCUGUAGUACAAGCGUGGCAGAUUUUAGAUGAUACAUUUUGUAAUAAUAUUAUUAUGCAAGUUAUUACAAAAACACACGUGCUAUGUAUAAUAGUGUACCAGUAUGUACCUGUUACGGUUGUGUAUGCUGUUUUUGUCUUGAUACAUUACCUAGGGCGACGGCAUAGGGACAUGUCAUACUAUAUAUUCGUCCUCAUAUUCACGCGUCACAUGACUUUUAUGAAGGUCAUGGUUUUAAAACUGCGAAAGCCGUAAACCUGACCGGAUGUUGAUCAUACUGACCUUGAAUGAUUAAAUUAUGUAUUACUGUU